AUGCCUGCACCAACGUCCUCGCGCGACAAAGGGCGAACGUCAAAGCAGGGAAGGUCGGAUGAGGAGUUCGUCUUGUUCCUCCAGGGAAUCCCAGCGCAUUGCCGCUGGCAGGAGCUCAAAGACCUGGUCCGCCAAACAGCCCUACAUAUCCGACAGGCUGUAGUAUACGAUGACCAGCAUGGAUUUCCAACCGGCCUAGGCCAGAUCAUCGUUAAGAACGAGGACGAAGCGUGGCGAACAUAUCAGAGGCUAUCCACGACCGGCUGGGAGGGCCAAAGCCUCGUUGUGACACUAGCUCGGACCAGCUCCCCUACACGCCCGGUUGCUGGCCCGACCAAGAGUCCCACGUGUUUGGUUCCUGCUAAUUAUAUUGCGGGCUACUCAACGCCGCCGAGGGUCACGCAGAACAUGGCCGUUCCUCCUUCCCCAAUAUCUCCUGAACCCGCCAUCUCCACGAGUCCAACGUAUCCGAAUUCCGAAUAUGGCCCGGUGAUUGACCUCAUAAGUAUACCUCAUCAUCAUCAGCCCUUUCUGCCUGUUUUCGCCGAUCCAGUCACUCAGCACGCCAUUCCUGCUAUACCACAGUCCCCCGCCCCUCUCCGGCACAAUUUCAGGGAUGCUUUCGCGAUACCCAUCCUCCCCUCCUACCCAUUACCCGCUGUUCAGCCAUUCGUCGAAGGCCCCAUAAGCACGCGAUUUGGCACCACCGCCGGACGACAAACCAAUUUCCCCCGUAAACCUAUCCACAACUACCAUUCCGACAAUGUGAACUUCACCUCGCAGGCCUAUCACCAGCCCAGCAGCUCCGCGGGUCCCCCACACUUCUCACCACGUCGUACUAUCUUUGUGCAAAACCUCAGCCCCGCAACGAGUGGCCUGGCACUGCGUGACCUCUUCCAGGCCUCAGGGGUCGCAAUCGAGCAAUGCGAGGUGCCGCUGGACACGGAAUCUGGACGCUGCAGAGGCUUCGCGCGGGUCACCUUCCGAACUGCCGAGGAAGCCAAACGCACCAUCGCCCUAUACAACGGCUGCACCUUCCUGGGGGCCAGGAUCCGCGUGAAAAUCGACAGGAGUAUGCUUCAGAACACAUCAAAUCCCCCGCUUGACCCCGUCAAUUUCACCAAAACUAGCACCAAUACUAGCAUAAGGAAUCACAACCCCCUCCGCCAAAGCAACAUGCAAGUCAAACCCCCGACAAGUGCCUCUAAGGACCACCGCCGUGGCCCCCCAACGGAAGAUGCAUCACGCAGCGAAGCCACAGCCCCAACAACCUCGAGGGAUACCUCACCUCCAGCGUCCCCUUCGUCUUCCACUUCCACGGCCGCAAAACAGACCGACCGCUGUGGCCCACUGGUGGUCAACGGGUCUGGAACUGGACGCAGAGCUGUGGCGACCUAG